AUAAAAUCGAAAUUAUAACAUAAGUGUCUAAUAAUGUGUUUUGACUUGUUGUAGAUCCGACAAUAUGAUGACUUUUCUACUGCGGAUUUUGAAAUUUUCAGUGGUUUCAAAUGUGCCCUCAUACACAUGGCACCACGUUUCGUCCUUUGUCAGCACUUGUGCAAAUCGCACUAUAAAGAAAAAGAAAGGAAAGAAACUGAAUACUCUUGUGUUUUUAUUUCAUUUAAUUAAAAAAAAAAAACAAAAAAUGGGCGAAAAUUGUAUUUCUGUAGUGAAUGCAAUAGAGCAAAUGCAAGAUCUCGACCAGAGACUGAAGAAACUCGAGGAAAAGCAAACAAACGAGGCCUCGAGCAAAGAAGAUGAAUUGCCAGAUGAGAAAUGUGGCGUAGAUCAAAUUCAAGCCAGAGUUAAUCGUACAAACGUCCUACUAAAACUACAGUGCAGAAAACGCAAGGGCGUUUUGGUCAAGUUGCUAAUGGAACUCGAUAAGCUUAAUCUUGAUGUAGUCAGUGCUAGCAUCGUACCGUUUGGGUCUUUUGUCCUUGACAUUACAAUUACGGCUGAGGUGGUGAAAGAAUUCAGUGGCUCCGCAGAAGAUGUGGUGACGACUAUCCGAAACUGUCUCCAUUCAGAUGCGUAGAAUUAAAAUCAAUAUUAUUUACACCUCUUCUUGUUAAUUCAAUCACUUUUACAUCUUAAUUUAUCAUCUAUCUUGUCCUGGAUUUAUUUGUGAGUGUUGUGAUAAACAUUGGAUAUUGAUUGCUGAUAUAUAUAUUAUAUAUGUAAGAAAUGCUAUAGGUACAUAAUAUUGUAUAUA